GCCGACGUACGACCGGUCGUCGUCCUAGCUAGCUAGCUAUCUCUUACCCCGGCCGACGCGACGACGAUGACGACCGCCGCGGCGAAAUACUCGGAGAAGGAAGAGGUGAACGAGCACCCGAUCGAGGAGGUCCGGAACACGGUGCCCAUCACCGACGACCCAUCGGAGCCGUGCCUGACGUUCCGGACAUGGGUGCUGGGGAUGUCCUCCUGCGUGCUGCUCGCCUUCGUCAACGAGUUCUUCAACUACAGGUCGUCGCAGCUAAGCAUCGGCACGGUGCUGGUGCAGAUCGCGUCGCUGCCCAUCGGCCGCCUCAUGGCGUCGACGCUGCCGGAGCGUGUCAUCGGCGGCGGCGGCUGCAGGUGGUGGUCUUUCUCCCUGAACCCGGGCCCCUUCAGCCUCAAGGAGCACUGCCUCAUCACCAUCUUCGCCGGCGCCGGAGCAUCCGGGGUGUACGCCCUCAACAUCGUCGCCAUCGUCAAGGUGUUCUACCGGCGGCAGAUCAACCCGUACGCCGCCAUGCUGCUGGCGCAGACCACCCAGCUGCUGGGCUACGGAUGGGCUGGCCUCUUCAGGAAGUUCCUGGUUGAUUCCGCAUACAUGUGGUGGCCAAUGAACCUUGUGCAGGUCACGCUAUUCAGAGCCAUGCACGAGGAGGAGAAGCGUCCCCGCGGCGGCGUGACGCGUCUUCAGUUCUUCAUCAUCGUCAUGAUCUGCAGCUUCGCCUACUACCUCAUCCCCAGCUACCUGUUCCCGUCGCUGAGCACGGUGUCGGUGCUUUGCUGGGUGUACAGGGACUCGGUGACGGCGCAGCAGAUCGGGUCCGGCCUUGGUGGCCUCGGCGUCGGCUCCUUCGGCCUGGACUGGAACACGGUGGCCGGCUUCCUGGGCAACCCGCUGGCGUCGCCGGCCUUCACCAUCGUCAACGUCAUGGCCGGGUUCGCGCUCACCACCUACGUGGCGCUGCCGCUGCUCUACUGGAGCGACACCUACAACGCCCGGCGAUUCCCGCUCAUGUCGCCGCACGUGUACGACGACGCCGGCAGGCCCUACGACACCGGGCGCGUCAUCAACCGGGACACCUUCACGCUCGACCUCGCCGGCUACGACGCCUACAGCCGCAUCAACGUCAGCGUGCUCUUCGCCGUCAACUACGGCAUCGGCUUCGCGAGCCUCAUGUCGACGCUGUCGCACGUGGCGCUCUACCACGGGAAGGAGAUAUGGGAGCUGUGGUGGUUGCAAUCGUCAUCGGAAGAAGACGUCGACGUGGACGUGCACACCCGGAUCACGAGGCGCAACUACAAGGCCGUCCCCCAGUGGUGGUUCCACCUCCUUCUCGCCGUGGUUCUUGCGCUGUCGCUCUUCACCUGCGAGGGCUUCGGGCGGCAGCUGCAGCUCCCCUACUGGGGCCUCCUCCUGGCCUGCGCCAUCGCCUUGGCCUUCACGCUCCCCGUCGGCGUCAUCUCCGCCACCACCAACAUGCAGCCGGGGCUCAACGUCGUGACGGAGCUCAUCAUCGGCUACCUGUACCCGGGGAAGCCGCUGGCCAACGUGGUGUUCAAGACGUACGGCUUCAUCAGCAUGGGCCAGGCGCUGGCGUUGCUGUCCGACCUCAAGCUGGGCCACUACAUGAAGAUCCCGCCCAGGUCCAUGUUCCUGGCGCAGCUCGCGGGCACGGUCACGGCGUCCACGGUGCACUUCGCCACCGCGUGGUGGCUGCUCACCACGGUGGAGAACAUCUGCGACGUCGAGAGGCUGCCCCGCGGCAGCCCAUGGACGUGCCCCGGCGACGACGUCUUCUACAACGCCUCCAUCAUCUGGGGCGUCGUGGGACCGCUGCGCAUGUUCGGCAGCCUGGGCAACUACUGGCAGAUGAACUACCUGUUCCUGGUGGGGCUGCUGGCGCCGCUGCCCGUGUGGCUGCUCCAGCGCGCCUACCCGCGCAACCGCGUGCUCGCCGCCGUCAACCUGCCGCUCGUCUUCGCCGGCGCCAGCGGGCUGCUCCCCGCGCGUAGCGUCAACUUCCUCAUGUGGGGGCUCGUCGGCUUCCUCUUCAACCACGUCGUCUACCGACGCCACAAGGCCUGGUGGAUGCGACACAACUACGUGCUCGCCGCGGGGCUCGACGCAGGAGUCGCCUUCAUGGCCGUCCUCACCUUCGUCGCGCUCGGAUACUUCGACGUCUACGGUCCGCAGUGGUGGGGAGGAGUCGCCGACGACCGCUGCGACCUGGCCGCCUGCCCCACCGCGCCACGAGUCGUCGUCGCCAACGGAUGUCCGCUUCAAUUCCGGUAGUGGCGUACAGUAAGCGGCGGCUUCAUCUGUCGUCUGUCGUCGUCGCUACACGGUCGUGUCGAUCGGGUCCCAUCCCAUCACACCACACCCUGCAUCCCCAUCAUAUCCAGGGGCUACGUACGCAAUGCAAGCUCGCCUGCUGCUCGUGCUUUGGUGGGGCAAGGAAUGGUGGGAGAGCGAUGUGAGAAAAUCACGCGCACAGUAAAUGGCGACGUGGCACCGUGGAGGGGUGCGUUUUGGUAUCCAGGAAUAAUGCCUUGUUAGUUCACUUAAAAUCCAAAAUUUUUCUUAUCAAAAAAAAAUCCAAAAUUUUCUAUUAUAUUGAAUCUUAUGACUUAUGCAUGGAGUAUUAAAUAUAAUUAAAAAUAUAAUUAGAGCAACUCCAACGGUUUUGCAUUUUUUGUUUAGCAAAACAUAGAGUUCGCCAACUCACAAAUAAAAAUGGAAAAACUAAAAUGAGGUAAUCUCCAACCGUUUUCCAUAAUUCUUUUGCAAAGUUAGAAUUAUGGAUCCACUUGUUGCUCGUGCUUUUUUCCUCGCGCACCGCAGCCAGUUUCGUAUGGUUUUUGUUUUCCUUCACCUGGUUGCCGACGAUUACAUCCAGCUGCCCAGCAAGUCCUUCUAGGCUAACUAGCAGGCAGAACACCGAUGGAUUCUAGGUCGCUGGAGACUCCACCAAGCUGGCAACUGGAACUCCGAUGGAAGAUGGCGACACCACGGAGCAAUCACGCGGUAACUCCGACGGCGGCGCGUGGGAGAAGUAGGCGUGCGGAAGAAGGAUACGCGCGCGGAAAGAGUCUCUUCGUCGCGAAAAAACACUAAUGCCAAGCCUCACGGAUUUUUGCAUAUAUGUACAGUUUGAUCCUCAAUUUGCCAAGCUGACAAUUUUGUCAAAGCCAA